AUGUCACAUCCAAGAACACCAGAAUAUGCAUUCUCGGGCGGCGUAGCUGUUAUUACUGGUGGUGGGAGUGGUCUUGGUGCCGGCCUCGCAAAGCUCGCUGCGGCCCUUGGAAUGACCGUCAUCAUCGCCGACAUAGCAUACGAUCGCGCCCAGUCCGUCGCCUCUAAUGUCAUCGCUUCUGGAGGCCGUGCCGAAGCGGUCGCGGUCGACGUAUCGAAACCGACCGAUCUCGAUAAGUUUGCAGAUGAUGUCUUCUCGCGUUACGGGAUGGUUCGCCUGUUGAUCAAUAACGCCGGCAUUGAAACUCUUGGCUACAUCUCAGAGGUCUCGGCCGCUCGUUGGGAGGCGACGCUCAACGUCAAUGUUCACGGCGUAAUCCAUGGUGUUCGGGCAUUCCUCCCCCAGAUGCUAGCAUCCGGCGAGGAGUGCUGGAUCGCUAAUACAGCUAGUCUGGCCUCUUUUGGUUCUCUCCCUGGGCAGACAGUCUAUGCUACAACCAAGCACGCCGUACAAGGCUUCACAGAGGGACUCGCUUUGGAACUUCAAAUCCAAGAAGCAAACAUUCACGUAUCUUCCAUUAUUCCUAGUCUUUUACGUACCGACAUCCUUGACUCCAACUCAUUCCCUAAUACACCUGGGGGGGCUGAUCGGGUGCAGUCAUAUCGAGCGAAGCUAGCAAGAAUGGCGCAGGAAGAAGGCAUGGAUGCCGAGGAGGCGAGCAGGAUUAUACUAGAACAAAUUGCUAAGGGGGGGUUCUGGGUCUUGACACACCCAGAGGAAACCAAGGUGGUCAUGGCAGCAAGGGCACGUUUUCUGGAGCUACAGGGAAUGCCGGCAGUAUUUCCGGGGACGGAGGGAAGCAGACUGGAGGCCCCAAUGUAG